CUUCCGGCGGGGCCGUCCCUAGAGUAGAGAUGGCGGCGACUGCAGCCGAGGUUGCGGCCUCUGGCUCUGGAGAGGCCCGGGAAGAAGCUGAAGCUCCGGGUCCGGCCUGGGAUGAGUCCCAGCUACGAAGUUACAGCUUUCCGACCAGGCCCAUCCCACGUCUGAGCCAGAGUGACCCUCGGGCGGAAGAGCUCAUCGAAAAUGAGGAGCCUGUGGUACUGACCGACACAAAUCUUGUGUAUCCUGCUCUGAAGUGGGACCUCGAAUACCUGCAAGAGAAUAUUGGCAACGGAGAUUUCUCUGUGUAUAGCGCCAGCACCCAUAAGUUCUUAUACUAUGAUGAGAAGAAGAUGGCCAAUUUCCAGAACUUUAAGCCAAGGUCCAACAGGGAGGAAAUUAAAUUUCAUGAGUUCGUUGAGAAACUACAAGCUAUACAGCAGCGUGGGGGAGAAGAGCGGUUGUAUCUGCAGCAAACACUCAAUGACACCGUGGGUAGAAAGAUUGUCAUGGACUUCUUGGGUUUUAACUGGAACUGGAUUAAUAAACAACAGGGGAAGCGUGGCUGGGGGCAGCUGACCUCCAACCUGCUGCUCAUCGGCAUGGAAGGAAAUGUGACACCUGCUCACUAUGAUGAGCAGCAGAACUUUUUUGCCCAGAUAAAAGGCCAUAAGAGAUGCAUCUUAUUUCCUCCGGAUCAGUUCGAGUGCCUCUAUCCAUACCCUGUCCAUCACCCCUGUGACAGGCAGAGCCAGGUGGACUUUGACAAUCCUGACUACGAGAGUUUCCCCAAUUUCCGAAAUGUGGUUGGUUAUGAAACAGUGGUUGGCCCUGGUGAUGUUCUUUACAUCCCAAUGUACUGGUGGCACCACAUAGAGUCAUUACUAAAUGGGGGAAUUACCAUCACUGUGAACUUCUGGUAUAAGGGGGCUCCCACCCCUAAGAGAAUCGAAUAUCCUCUCAAAGCUCAUCAGAAAGUAGCCAUCAUGAGAAACAUUGAGAAGAUGCUUGGAGAGGCCUUGGGGAACCCACAAGAGGUGGGGCCUUUGUUGAACACCAUGAUUAAAGGCCGUUACAACUAACCUGCCAGAGGUCAAGGCCUUGUGCCAGGUGACUGCUCUCCUGUCCACAUGCUUCGUCGAUGAGGACAGGACACUCCAAGCACUAGCAUUGCACGCUGCACUUAAUGGACUGGACUCUUGCCAUGGCCCUGGAGGCAGGUGUCUGAGGCGAGGCAGGGUAGCCAACUCCACUCCCGUUUGGAAAGGUUUCUCACCCUUGCCUCUUGAGUCCCAGAACCUUCCCCCCUUUGCCCCCCUGAAGUCCUGCAUUUAGUGUGUGGAGUCCCAGCUUCUGGUUGUAAUCAUGUCUGUGUUAGUCUGUUAACCUCAGGGUGUGUGUGUGUGUACAUGUGUGCAUAUGCAUGUGUAUCAUACACAUGCAUGUAUCUGUUCCUGUCCCCUCUUCCUGGGUCAGGAUGUCACUUCUGGCUCUCAGCUCCUGUCUCCUGAGGCCUCAGUGCCUCAGCCUGGGAGGAGAGAUGCUCCUGUAUCCCUACAACAUCUGGGCUGUGGUGCCAGAAUGAAUCUGCACAUCAGUCUGCCUUCUGCCAGUUUUUGCAGCAUAGUCAGGCUACAAACCAGGUGGCAAUAAUUGCUGGGACCCUAAUGGGAACAUUGAGAAGGAGGCUUAUCUUUGGGAGCCUAGGUAGCCUUCUAGUGGAAGAGGAUUAGAUAGGAUUCCAGUUGAGAACUACACCCUCAAGCCAUAUAUAGAAGGAAGACUUGGGGACCUAAAAACAGAGGAUUGUGCAUAUGUCCAAAUACAGGCAGAUGCAGCUGUUCUUUCAGUACCAGCUCUUGUCCCUGUGCUACAUUGAGGAGAUUCUAGCUCUGACUUCUUUGGGCUCCAGGGGUAUGAACCUCUGCAUCUGUGUGUACACAUCUGCACACGUGUAUGUAUGUGUUCACACUUGCCAUCCUUCUUGCUUACUAAGGUUCUCUACUGCUUACAUUGUCCAGAGUGACAGAACAGUGUGAACCCCAGAUACUGCCUGACUUAGCCUAUAGCUUUUAAACUCGGAUUUUAGCCAUCCUAUCUUGGUCAGAUCUUACUGUAGCCAACCUAAAGCUGACUGGCUCAAGCCUCCAGGUCCUGUGUCUUUCCCUGUCCAGGCCACAUCCCCUGCUCCUGCUGAGCUUCCUGGCUGAGUAGAUGAAAUGGGGUCAAACUUAGGCAGCUAACUCAAUACCUUUCAUCCACCUCAGGGCAAGGGAAAAAGCUUUCUCUUGCCUCUUAGAGCCAGCGCCUCUGCCAGACCCAGCAAAGCGUCGCAUGACAGCUGGAGCAGAACUAGUAGAGCUCUUAGAUAGAAUUUACUUUUUUGUUGGUAGCUAUUUAUGGGAACCCUCCUCAGGGCUGCAGCGUAUAGCUGAGCAGCUCAAUGUUACACAACACCGUCAUUCACAUCUGUUAAGAGGGAAUGGGGCCCCUGCAGCUUGGCAGAGAGGUGGCCUUGUGUCCACUUACCUCAAGUCCCUUCUCCAUCAUCCUUUUCUCUAAAAUCUGAGUUGGAAGUCUGAUUUUAUUAUUUUCCUUGUCACCUUUUAAUCCCCUUCCCUGUAGAUUUGACCUUAAGCUGUGGGUCUUAGCCCUGAAGCUCGGCUUACAGCGCCGCAUGGACUGAAAAGAUGCAUGUGUGUGCUUAUGCAUCCCUGUGUGCAUUAGGGGAGGGAUCUUUAGUACCCCUGGGGCUCUGAUGCAGUGUGGGUGUGUGCUACCGACUUGAGUAUAGCUCUAAAUACAGCCAGUGCUGGACAGUGUGAGUAAACUCAUGCCUCCAUCUCUCUUGGGCAAAAGGAACGCAGCAAAAGAGCAAGGCAGAACAGUAUCAGUUUGGCCAGCAUGGUAGAUUUUUUGUUCUCAGCAUAUCUAUGGUCCUGGCUCUGCCCUCAAAAGUGUCAGGGCUGUGUAGCAAGGAAUCUGGCUCUGCUUGGUUGAUCUUCAGUAUAUUGCCCCCACAGGUCUGACCUAGGGUGGCUGGGAGCAAAGAGAGAAAAGGUGAGCUUUGGGACCAUCACAGGGUUGGCCCUGAUGCUGGUGUGAUGUCUUAGCUGGUCCUGAUUUUAGACACCUGAUGUGUACCAGUAUUUUUAGCUCUGUCCCUCACAAUGCUGCACGGUAGCUUUUACUUGACAGAUAAAGAAACCACUCAGAGUAGGUGAAGAGUGGUAGUCCAGAUCAAACCUAAUGCUCCUUUGGCUUUAAACCCGCGCCUCCCCUGCUCCUCCAUUUCUUCCAGAUGCUGUUGGUUCUCUACCUCACCUCAAGCCUUGUUCCCUUGCCAGUGUAGGCAGGCUCAGGCAAGAGGGUGUGGGAGGGUGAAAGGCUUUGGGGGUUCCAGCUAGAGACAUGGAAAAGCUGCCUGCAAAGCCAUCUUAACAAGCCAAGGGUUCUGGGAAGAACCCUUCCCCUGCUGGGGAAGGGGGUGCUGUGUGCUCUUGAAUGUAGCUGCGGCAGCUCCUCUCAGCACACCUGCAUGCUGAGAGGUAGCUCUAGGUCACUCAAUUCAUGUUCUGCUGGGCCACUUCCUCCUGGGGAUGACGUGCAGGAUCUCACCUAGGUGAGGGCUGCCGGAGGCUCUAGUCUACUUGGAGCAGAGCAAGUGUUGCUACAGUGUAUCCACUCUAGCCAGCAGCAUGGGGUCAGACGGGUCAGACGGGCCAAGGAAGGUGGAGCCUCGGGCUUGUCCAGGGGGCAGCCAUGCUGCAAGUCUCAUGUUUACACCAGCAGUACAGUGAGAACUACUGUUUUGGGAAGUCAAAUAUUUGCUGGGGGGGUUAGAGUGAUAGGGUGGAGGAGGGGCUGUUCUGGGCAUCAGUUGAGCAGAUGCCCGGGAUGCCUGGGGGAGACCAGCUUCCCCUACAAAUCAGAGCUCUAAAUUACAAGGUUUUUACCAACGCGAACAGUUGGGGGAAGUCGUCUGCUCUCAUUUGCGUAAUGGUUUCUGUCACUGGUGAUUAGACACAGGAUGAAGGAAAAGAAAUUUGACAAUUAGGAAUGAGCCAUCAUUAAUCUGAAUCUGUUAGGAGACAGAGAGGGGAAGGAUCCUUACUAGUGGGCCAACCUAGUAUGGGGAGACACUCCCUGUCUCUGACCCCAGAAUCUUCUGGGCCAAGUACCCUUUAGUGUGGGUAGAGCUUGCAUGCCUCCUAGACUAGGAGUCCAGCCCUAGCUGGAGGUGGGUUUGCAAACAGACGUGAGCCAGCCAAGUUGAAGGUAGAUGAGUGACGGAGGCGAGUUACCAUGUGCGCUUAGGUACAGGGGUGUUCCUGUAGUCGUCAGCACCGUCGGGCUCCACCUGUGACAAGGAUCUGUCACUUCCCAGCACUGGAGCGUGUGCGAGAAACCUGCUCUUUAUCAAGCCCCAGCCACUGUGGAAGCUGGAAAGGAAACCACAUGAAGAGUAGCAGAGCCCAGGUCUGUGCAAGGAGGGGGUGUUGUGAGGAAGAGCUGGGCACAGCCAGGCUGUCUGAGGAGGGGACUCCACCUCACCUCCCAGCAACAUUGACUGACCCUGGAUCAGCGAGCCAUUGCUGUGGGCAACAGUGAGGUUCCUGGCUCAGUGACCCAGUGAUGUGGCUAUUAAAAAGUUUGGAGAGUCCAGGUUAGAUCUUCCAGUGUUUGAGAUUUACCUCACCAUUCACCCCCAUCCCUUCAAACGCCUAAGAAUAUUAGUCUGUACCAAGUAGUAGUCCUCACCAUUAGUGUGUUCCUUAGACCCCAGGCGCCCUCAAGACUCGUGGGGGAGGGGGCUCCUCUGUCUCCUUUCAUAAUGUGAACUUCUCAAGGAGGGUGCUAUCUCAGUCCUUGGCAAGUUCCCUACCUCUGUUGUCUUUCAUCCUUCAAAACUUGGUGCAGAAUUUAGCAAGGGCUACCAGCAGUGACCCUCUGACCAGUUUUACCUAGAUGGGCAGGCGUGGGAUGGGGAUAGCUCAGGGUUCUAGAGGCCCAGGCCUUUCUAGUUCCUGUUUUUCUUGGUGUCCUCUUAACCCAUCUUUUAGUGGAUCUUUGAGCUUUCUCCUACCCAAGCUCUCAGUGACCUCUUCAACAAGGCUCUUUUCCUCAAAGAAGCUCUCUGGCUCCAAGUGCUGGACUGCUUGGCUGGAGGAUCCCCCUCCACUGGGGUUCCCUGCCCCCGCUUCCCUUCUGACCUCAGGUAGCUCUGUUGCUGUGUCCGUCUGCUCUGUCCGCUUGCCAUUCCUUGGUCUUCCCAUGUGGGUUCGUUGACACUCUGGUGGGCCUUUCUACUUAGUCUUCAGCCAGCUCUGUUUAAUUAUAGACCCAGAGGGUCCUCUGACUGGAGCCCUGUUGAGCACUUUGGGGACAUUUCUGGAGGCUCAGAGGCUCAGAAAUUGGUGUCCUUAAGGCCCAUGGGCCUGUGAUUAGCGAUGCCUUGGAGAGGCAUUUGAGGAGGAACUUGGAGAAGUGAAGGACUUGGUGAGGAGACUUCAAGAAAGAGGCCAGGCUUGGCAGGAGCGGGCUUUGUGUUUCCAUCUGAGUGUGUCCUCGUGCCUUAGGGGGCCCAGCAGUUCAGGGAUGAGGGGCAUUUUCUGAAUGUCUCCUAAUUUCUCUCAGGUCUUUGGCUCAGUGUCACCAAGUUUUGACAGACCCUUUCGUUCCUGAGCUUGCUAGAAGGGAAGCAGCAUGUUGAGUAGUCUGGUGUCAGGAGUGGAGGCCUCCUGUGAGAAAGACUGGGAUGGUAGGGGGGAGAGAGAGAGAGAGCCCAGUGGUCAGCUUCUCACCGAUGGCUCUCCGGUCCUCCAAGGGAGUAAGGACAGUUGAUUCAAGAAGUCACUUUAAAACUGCCUGCCCUCUUCACCUAACAUCUGUUCUCAUUUGGGGAAGGAAUGUGUGUCCAUAUUUUCAAGGGAAGACAGUCUGGUGUUUAAAAGCAUGUGUCUGGGGUCUGGUCCCUUCGGUACAUUUCUAGCUUGCUACUUACCAGCCGGGUUUGACCUUGGUUGAUUGAUUUAACCUGAGUCUCAGUUUCCUUUACUAUAAUGACUUGUGGGUGUGGGGGUUUGAAAAUAUCUACCUCAGGGUUGCUGGAUUAACUGAAAUAAUGUCUGUAAAGCUUUAGCCUGGUGCCUGGCAAGCACUUAAUAAACGGCUGUGGUGGUGGUGGUUUA